CCCCCACGAGCCAGCCCCUGUUCGCUGUGCGCCAGGGGGUCGGUGCAGAAAGAGCACCGCUGCGCGCAGGGGGGGCAGGGCCCACAGCCCAGCCUGAGCCGUCUUUGUUCCGGGGGCGGGGGGGCGCGCUGCAGAGGGGCCCGUCCAGCCGCACGGGGACGCUGCAGCGGCAGCAGCCUCGGCUCCCGGGGGGCGGGGGGGAUGCACCCUGCGCGGCCGAGCUGAGAGGCGCGCCAGGGCCCGGUGCAUGCGCGAGCCGCGGCCGCCGACCCGGGCCGACAGCUGCGCAAGCUGGAGCCUCCCACCGAAACACCAUGGAUACAGCUAGCCACAGUUUAGUCCUCCUGCAGCAGUUGAACAUGCAGCGUGAGUUUGGUUUUCUGUGUGACUGCACCGUUGCAAUAGGAGAUGUUUACUUCAAGGCCCACAGAGCAGUGCUAGCUGCGUUUUCGAACUACUUUAAGAUGAUAUUUAUUCACCAGACAAGUGACUGCAUAAAGAUUCAGCCUACAGAUAUCCAACCAGACAUAUUCAGUUACUUGUUGCACAUCAUGUACACUGGAAAAGGUCCAAAGCAGACUGUCAACCCCAGCCGGCUGGAGGAGGGCAUUCGAUUUCUCCAUGCAGACUACCUUUCCCAUAUUGCAAUUAAAAUGAACCAGAUACUUUCCCCAGAGACGAUGCAGUCUUCAAACUUAUAUGGAAUUCAGAUUUCAACUGCACACAAAGCAACAAAGGAAGGUCUUGGAGCAAAAGAAAAUCUGACAAAUGCCAGCAACAGGUCUGCUAACCCGGGCGAUCACCCACAGUUACAGCUCUCACUUGCCAUUGGACUAGAUGAUGGUACCCUCGAACAACAGAUCACCCAUCCUUCCACCCAAGCAACUGGGGUUGCCAAACCAGUAGAGGAGCUUCAGAAAUCAUCUGUGUCUAUAAAGCAGGAGAAAUGUGACCCCGAGCCAGUGGUGUCCCAAAGUCACGUGUCGCCCGCUCCAGAUGUUUCUAGAACUAAUCUCAAAAUGCAUUUAUGUCAUUACUGUGGGGAGCGCUUUGAUUCCCGUGGGAAUUUGCGGGAACACUUGCAUACUCAUGUCUCCGGCUCACUUCCCUUUGGCGUCCCAGCCUCCAUCCUGGAGAGCAAUGACCUUGGUGAAGUGCAGCCUAUUACUGAAAAGGGGGAAGCUAUUGAAAGUCAUCGGCUUGGUACCUUCCUAAGGAAAGAGAAGGAGCAUCCAUCAGAACAUCCAAACCAUAGUAACACAGAGCCCUUACAGUAUGGCCAGUGGUCGCUAGUCUCCAAAGACACUGAGCCUGUGGAGUUAAACUGCAACUUUUCUUUUUCAAGAAAGAGAAAAAUCAGUUGCACAGUCUGUGGCCACAAAUUUCUCCGAAAGAGCCAGUUGCUGGAACACAUGUACGCCCACAAAGGGAAACAAUACAAAUAUAACCGAGGCCAAAGGUUUGGUAACCCAGUAGCCCACAGGUUUCAUCCUUAUUGUGACAGUUGGUCUGACUGUCCAGUAAAAAGUGCCAGGCUCUCUCAAGAUCACCUAGAUUCAUCAUGUGCAUCGGAGUCUGAUCUUGCUCCAGAAAAUGUUGAUGCGAUCCUCGUAGAAUAGCUUUGUACGUUGCCUCUGAUGAGCUGAAACUAUGAAUGCUUCACUUUGUUUGUGUCCUUUCAUUUUGCUGAAUGUUCUGGAUACUCUUCUGAAGUUUUUGCUUCACUGAACAGCUCUGUCUUGAGCGAGAUGGGGCUGUAACAACUAUGUACACCCUUUUACUUGUAUAUUUAAACUUUAAAAUCCAAGUUGAUUAGAGAACAAGCUAUUUGUUGGCAAUGUCCAGAUAACUUAGAUCAAUCUUUCAUAAAUUAAUUGUGCAUUACCCAAGAUGAGAUUGUAGAAGUUAGUGAGUGUGGGGUUUAAGCAUCUAGCACACUGAGCAGAACUUUAGGACUGUGUGUGUCUUUAGAAUUAUUCUGAAACCAAAGUGGGUUGAAUGUAUUCAGAGGAUAUUACUUUUCUUGGUUAGGUUUUUUUUUCUUUUUUUAGGUUAAUAUCAAUUCCCUAGAAAGAGAGAAUACCCCAAAGUACAGAGGACAUGUGGGAAAUGAACAAGCUACAGCACAUAAAACCUCAGGCUGUUCCCUUUUCUGGUAAUCCUGGAGGUUGAUGUAGAGAUAGUGACCCUGGUUCGGCAAAAGCAUUUGCAGCCCCAUUGACUUUGAAUACAUUCAGAGUCAAUACAUGAAGUGUGGCAUCUACUUAAGUGCUUUGCUGCAGGAGAACUAAUGUGCAUCCUUCCCCAUUCCAAGCCCAGCUGGCCUGCCCCUGCUUGAUCACUCCCCUCCACAAAUGUGGAACCAAAUCCUACUGAAGCCUUUCAAAGGGUCCCAUUAAUGAAUCUUCCUCUGUAAGAUGGAAUGAGAUCCAGGCGAAGAGUCCCCUCCAAGAGGAUCUAAGAGGCAGUGGUUCUCAACUGGGGAUCGAUGGACCCCUUGCCCUUUCAAGGGGGCCGUGGGGCCCCACAGCUGAAGCCCCGAUCCCCAGUGCCCCCUGCUGUGCUGAAGCGGGGGGAGGCUCAGGGCUGAAGCCCUGAUACCUGAAACCCCCCACGGGGCUGAAUCCCUAAGCCCUGGUGCUCCCUGUGGAGCAGAAACCCUGAGCCCAUGGUGGGCAGAGUUGGGGAUGUGGAGGGCAUUGCCCCCUCCCUCCCCCCAACUGCAGCACAAGAUCAAGGCAGUCCCAGAGGCAGCUCCACACCUCCCCUGAGUCCCCCCUCAUCUCCUCUCCCCACCCCCUGGCCAGGUUGGAGGUUGGAAGCCAGAGCUGGGCAGUGCAGGGCAGCAGCUGCUUUGGCUGGUGCCAUGGAGCAGGCAGCCACAGCGUUCCUUCCUCUCCUGCUCGUACCCCAGGUUGAAGAUGCUCAUCGGCUCCCAUCCCCCUUUGCUCCUGCAGAGGCAGCCGGUAAAGAGCCCCCCGGGGGGGAGACCCGGCUCCAUGGCUGGCAGACCCCUCCUGGAACAGGGACCACAGGGGAGUCCUCCCAGCACACACCCCUAAUACCCCUCUCCCUAGACCCUGAGCUACCCCCUGCCCACACACAGCUCUUAGUACCCCUCUUCCUGCACCCUGAGCUACCCCUUGCCCACACACAGCCCCUAGCCACCCCCCUCCCUGAACUCACCCCCACCCCGUGUGCACACAGCAUAGGCACCAACUUCCCCGCUUUCCUGUGGGUGCUCGCUCGCUUCCCGUCUGCCCCCGGCUCUCUCCCCACUCAACCCCUUCCAUGAGGCCCCUGCCCCGCCUCCAUUCCAGCCCCUUCCCCAAAGUCUCCGCCCCCUCCCCCUCCCUGGCAAUAUUCCAACUCCAUCCCCAAAUUCCCACCCCGGCCCCUCUUCCUCCCCUGAGCAUGCCACGUUCCCGCUCCUCUCCUUCCCUCCCGGAGCAUGCCAAUGCUGCCAAACAGCUGUUUGGCAGCGGCCAGGUGGGAAACGCUGGGAGGUAGGGGGAGGAGCGGGGACGCGGUGCACUCAGGGAGGGGUAUAAGGGGAGCUUGGCUGCUGGUGGGGGCAGAGCACCCACUAAUUUUUCCCUAUGGGAAAAAUUACUGAGAAAAUUAUGGGAAAAAACUACUGAGUCGGCACCUGUGCACACAGCCCCAGCUACCCCCUGCGCACAGCCCCUAGCUACCCGCUCCCUCCACCCUAAGCUGCUUUCAAACUUUUUUGAGCUAUGCCCCCCCACCUUUGAGUUAUAAUUUAAAUAUAUAAACUCCCUCCCUCCCUGGACCUCACCGUGUGGAGGUAGCUUGAGCCCUGCUGACCCCUGCCCCCCCAAAUACAAGUCAAACUACUCCUAUUCCCAAGAUGCCCCCCACCUCUCCUGGGCCCUGGAGUUUUUAUAGUAUGUCGAGGGGGGCCUCAGAGAGAAAAAGGUUUAGAACCCCUGAUCUAGGGGACACCAUCUCUUUAAAAAAAAAAUCCUUUUCCCCACUACAAGUUAUUUCUACAUAUGAACAGCUUUGGAUAAUAUGCUCCUAACUACUAGGGUUAUGUGAACAUUAAAAACUCAUAGAUAAGGAACAUUGUCUCUUUUUGGGCUCUUCUACAACCGUAAUACUAUUCAGAUAGAAUUUUUGUAUGCCUUUGUUAUCAUUUCCUGCAUAUCUCAAAAAAUGUAUUCUUCCAAGUCAGUUACAAAUGUGCAUUCACAUGCAUUCUGACCUCAGGUUAAUAUUUUGCUCUUCUAUAGUGUUAUUUCAUCUGAGCAUCACAAACCACUUCCUGCAGUGCGGGGUGUAAGGAGCGCCCAAAGAAGUGUACCAUUGCUGGGGGCGGGGAGAGGGGAAUUCCGGCCAACAGCGAAGUGGAGUAAUUCUGAUAUAAAGAACAAUUUUUUAAAAUGUACUGAAUAGAUGCUGUGAGCUGCUCCACUCUGCUGCUCAUAAAAUGUGUGAGGCACUUUUCCAAAAAUGUGCGUUAAGACUAGCAAUGAAAGCCUCCUAUUCGUUGCCAAGGGAUUGCAUCACGAGAGUGCACUGUGAUGGGGAAAAUCUUUGAGCAAUGGUGAGGGAAAAUACCUGCCAAAAUGCCUGGUCCAAAUCUCUUCUGAAGGCAGUAGACUUCAUCUGGCUCCACUGAGAUUGGAUCAGGCCCAGAAAAAAAUCUGAAAUCAAAACAUUUUUGAAUUACCGAAGCAUCGUAUGCUAAUUAUUUUUCGGACUCAUCUUGAUUUGAUUUCUUUAUAUUAUAUUCAGUAGAGAAGCCCAGAGCUGCAUGGACAGAGAUCUGACUUUUCUUAGACGUGGUCUCUGCACACCAGGGUUGAAGCACCUUCUUAAGGUGAUACAGGGAUGCUCACACUGCUGUUUCUCGUUGGUAGAGCCCCUUUCGCAAACACUGACACUUGGAGAAAAAUGACUUUGAAUUGGCAGCCAAGCCAAUUUCUGCUUUGUUCCCCCAGUGUAACAUCAACCUAGGGAAAAAGGGGUGUUUAACAUGUUCAUUAAUAUGCACUAAAAUCCUAAUGUAGUCAAGGCAGAUUGUAGCCCUAACACACAUUAGCUGGUCAAGCUAAACCCUAGACUCCCGACUAAGAUUUACCUCAACUAGUUAACAUGUUUUAAACAGUAGACCAUGAAAACAAAACCAAGGAUUGAUGACAGUAGGCCAUACAGACACAAAAUGCUACAGGAAAGAACAAACUAGGGUAUAUAUUCUUUAUACAUUGUGGUCUUUAGUUGUGCUAAGUGUAAUUUUUUUAAACGUUGCCAGAAAGAUACUUAAAUGGGAAUAAUGAAACUGAGCAGAAGUCACAUCUGCAUGAGUUAUCAGCUAGCUGUGAUGUAUUUAUAUAGUAGUAAUGACUUUAUCAUAUUGAAUAUGAAGAGGAAUUUACUUUCUGAAAUUAGUAAAUAACUGUUUUGUGUUCAUGUGUAUCUUUUAAAACUAGUGAGCAUAAAAACUUAAAUGUUCUUCAAGUGCUUGCUCAUGUCCACUCCAUUGUACGUGUGCGUGUGCCUCUGUUUUAAGGCAGGUCGGUCUUCUCCCAUCCCAUGAUGGCAUGGUUGCUGAAGGGCCUGGAGCGCCUUUACCCGCAUGUCUAGGAGCCGGUUCUCCCAUGGGAUCUGAACCUGGUGCUAUCAAGGCGCAUGGGUCCCCCCUUCGAGCCUUUGGCUUCCUGCUUCCUUCUGCUUCUCUCAUGAAAGGUCUCUUUCCUAUUUGCUAUAACUUCGGCCCGGAGGUGUUCAGGGUGUUCACAUCAGAACCGCCUUAUACAAUCUUCUAUAAGGACAAGGUCCAGCUGCAUCCGCACCUAGCCUUUCUGCCCAAGAUUGACUCCCAGUUCCAUACUGGUUGAGAGACAUAUUUACCAGUCCUCUGCCCUAAGCUUCAUGCAUUGGAUGAGGAAUGCAGGCUGCAUACCCUGGAUGUCAGGCGGGCACUGGCCUUCUACACAGAUAGAAUGAAGCUGUUCCAUAAGUCAAGGCAGUUGUUUGUUGCUGUCCCAGACAGACUGAAGGGUUGCCCAGUAUCUACCCAGACAAUAUCAUCAUGGAUCAGUGCCUGCAUCCGCUACUGUUAUGAGCUGGCGAAGGUGCCCCCGCUGGUGAUCGUGACGGCUCAUUCAACGAGGGCACAGGUGUGCUCAGCAGCCUUCCACACUCAGGUACUGAUCCAAGAAAUUUGUCGGGCUGCGACCUGGUGGUCCGUCCACACAUUCGCUUCACAUUAUGCGCUGAUCCAGCAAGCCCAAGAUGACGCUGGUUUCAGCAGAGCUGUGCUCCAGUCUGCAAGACUGUGAACUCUGAGCCCACCUCCAAGGACACUGCUUGUGAGUCACCUAGAAUGGAAUCGACAUGAGCAAGCACUCGAAGAAGAAAAAUAGUUACCCACCGUUGCUCAUGUCCAUUCCAUUACCUGCCCUCCUGCCCCUCUGUCGGAGUUGUAGGCAAGAAGGAACUAAGAGGGUGUAGGGCCGGUGGUGCCUGAUAUACUGUGGCAUGAGCGGACCGCCACAGCCAGCCCUAUGGGUACCACUAACACAAAAGUCUCCGAUGACCGUGCACGUGAGCGCGUGCCCUGCAAUGGAAUGGACAUGAGCAACACAUCUUGAAGAACAACAAUUACAAAAGAUAGGAAACCGUUCCUUAUUUUCUGAAGGGCUUACUAGUGUGUUCUCCAGUUAACCUUCCUGGUGCAGUCAUCUGUGGCUUGAACACAAUUAACUUAUUUGAAAUGUUAUAUACUUUACAAAAGUGUUUCCCUUGAGUAUUUCUAUAGAAAGUCUUUUAGGUACCACUGUGAGUCAUGCAGUGUGUGUUAAAAUCAAUGAUUUAAAACAUAAUUUUAAAAAUGGAUUUUUAAAAAUUGUAAUUGGAUUUUUCUUUAAAUUCAUAUUUAUUUAAAAAAUCUAUUUACAAUUUGAAUUUAUGACCACCUAUAUUAAUGUGUAAACUUAUAAUUAUUAAAAUUGUUUAAAUUAAAUAAAAAAUAUUAAACAUAUUUGCUGUCAGAUUGUAAAGAAAGUCAAAGUCACUGAACUGGUGAAAGUCACUGGCCAAGCGUCUGGGUCCAGAGUUUGCUGAAGUGCUAAACCAGCUUUUGACAGCAGUAGCCUCUUUUGCAAGUACAGAGAGAAUAUUUUAUUCAUUUCAAUUUAUUCAACUAAUAAUAGUGCACUGGUUCCCAAACUUUUUACCUUGCGCCCCCCCCCCAGUACCCCUGUCCCCACCCCCAGGAGUGGGGCCAUGGUUUCGGGAGGGGCACACAGACAAGUGUAAGGGGGCCAAGGGCAGGGGCGGGAGUGGAGCCUUGGCCAAGGGCCAAGGCCAGCAGCUGGGGUCCUGGGUGUGGAGCCAGCAGCUGGGGUCCCGGGUAUGGGGCCAGCAGCUGUGGCCAGGAGCGGAGCCCCGGGUGUGGGGCCGGCAGCCAUGGCCAGCAGCCGAGACCCCGCUCGCAGGGCCAGCAGCUGGGUGGCACUCCCCCACCCUCCCUCUGUUGGGGUUGGCACAGGCCCCAGCUGUGCUCCCCCGGAAAGUUCCUUUGUGACCCCCCCGCCCGAGGGGAGCAUCCCACAAAUUGGGAACCUGUGUAAUAGUGACUGAACUGAAUUAGCUGAAUAAACUGAAAUGAAGAAAAUAUUCUCUCUGUACCUGCAAAAGAGGCUA